AGAGCGCGGCCCGGUUGCGACCGGUCGGCCCCACUGCCGGCGUGCGCGCACACGCCGCUCUGCGCCGCCGACGUCGCGACGCUCGUCCGCGCUGCGCCUGAGUCUACUGCCGCGCCUCCGCACUUUAGCGUUGCAAUCGCGCUUUACAAAAUCGCAAAUUCCUGAACGAUGGACUAACAACUAUGUUUUGCAUCAGUGUUGGACAGUUCUAACAGUGCUUGGUGGCUGUAAAUGCGUUUCUAAAAUACUUGGUGUUUUAACGAAGACUAAGGAUACCUCAAGGCUCAACAUCGGUGACUGAAAGGGGCGCGGGCGCGCGUUAUACGCGGAAUGGCGACUGAGGGAGGAGGCGAGGACUUUGUGACCAUAGUCCCUGUUGGCGAGGGCCGACCAGUUGUUCGGGACUCAACCUUCGUUACUGUGCUCACAGUUGGAGCGGCUGCUGGUGCCGAAGUUAUUGUCAGAAGGCCAAAAGGAGAACGACUGGGAUUGGGUCUUAAGUUUGAGGGAGGCUCUGCAGCAGCUGAAAAAGUUAGAAGAUUAUUGGUGCAAUCAUGUGCGGAAAAUAGUCCAGCAGCGAAUGCUUGUGCACCAUGGGGAAAAUUAAUACCCGGAGAUGAGAUUUUAGCAAUAGAUGGUGUACCUGUUUCAGAAUUGACUAGAAUAGACUGCGUAAGACGUUUGAAAGACUCGGAUGAGGCUUUGACACUGUUAGUUCGACAUUUUGAAUCUGAUGGCAAAACAGACCAAAAUACAUGUGAUACAGAUCUGACCGGUAACACGACAAUUAAACAAGCAACAGAUAUUUCUAGACCAACCACAUUGCCACCUCCAGUACCGCCUCGUAAACUUGGCAAGAAAAAUUCAUUUAAAGACAAACCCACCCUUCAGACUGUUGGAGAACAAAAUAGCAUAAAUAGAGAUGGAAACGUGUUGAAUGACAAAGAACUGAAUAAUCAUAAUGGUUAUGGAACUUUGACAAAACUAUCACGAAAAUCGUCUUUUGACAGUCAUAUACAUCGACAAAGUAAAGAGGGUAUUGCUUCUUUGAAAAAAGGUUCACCUGAAGAAGUUCGGCGAUUAGUUCGUCGUCUGUCUGAUGGAAAAACAAUGCCACCAGAAGCUGAAGUAUACAUUGACUUACUUUCUAAUGAGUGGGAGAGAUGUUUAUUGCUUGCCGACGCAGAAUCAGAUGAUACUGGAAGUUCUAUAUCAACUGUUGUUGAUAGGUUGGGUUCUAUGACUAGUUCUGUAGAAAACAGUAUACCUUCUACGCCUACAAUGCAACCGAAAACAAUUGAUAUACAGAAAGUUUUAAAUUGCAUUGAAAAUAUUGAUUCUAAUAUCCUUAAAGACAUUACUUCAAACAAAUUCCUAGAACGGCCGAUAGACAAACAGGAAAUUAAUAAGGAAGCAAUCGUAUUAGAAACAACUGCAACAAUUAAUGGCAAAAUUUGUUAUGAGAAUACUCCAGUAUCAUCGGAAGGGAUUAUAUCACAGCCGCAAAAACUUCAGUACAAUGAUAAAAAUAAUAAUAAUACUAUAGGGCAUACUAAAAUCAAUUCUUCUGAAAUAAUUAAGGCAAGCGAAGUAAAAAAGAAUGAGAAUAAACCAGAAGUAGUUCCAGAGAAACCUAAGCCUAUGCCCAGAAAUACAAAAGUUGAGCGAUCUGUAAGUGAAAAGAAACCCAGGCCAAUCCCAGUGCCAGACACACCUCCGCCUCCUGUACCGGAAUCUCUGUUGACUCCUACGAAGAAAAAUUGUAUUGAGACUUGGUUACAACGUUCUGAGGCGGAGAUGAAUAACAUAGAUAAGAUGGAGGAGAGCGUUGCACCAGAAGCGUUGCCAAGACUGAUAGAUUUUGUACCUAAAUCGCAGUUCAAAGAGUGCACUGAGCCACCCCUGACUAGACCGACAGCGCCUCCGCCGCCGCCGCCCACCGAAACUCGAGAAGAUGGUUCGGGAGCUUCACUUGAUACAAUUGGCGAGUUGGACGAGUCGAGCGACGUCACAGACAAUGCGAAACCGAUAGUAGCUGAAAACGAAACGAAAAAUAGAAAAUCUACGUUUGAACGGAGCUUUUGGGAAGAUCGCAUUAACAAAAGCGAUGCUGAAGACAAGAGCUUGUCGAACGAUGAAACGCCGCUUCCUUCAUGUCCUAGACAACCGCCUGACGGGGUAGAGACUCCUUCUGAUGCAAUCGAGAAGAUGCCUGAACUAGCGACUCGUGUAGCACCUCGUAUUACAACUAAAAGUUGGCCAACUUCAACCCGAACUCGCUUCUCAUACUUAUCCAGGACACAAGAUGCUAGAAGUGAAGCCAGUGUCAAAGAUAAAAUAGCUAUGUUUUCCAAUGAUACGACUUCUACAGACAGAUUGGAUAAGUGUGGAACUCUACCUACCCGAAUUUCUGGAACGAAAAAGAGCACGGCAACUUAUUCUACUAACUAUCCGGAAGUAUCUACCUUAGACAGGCGUCUUACUAGAUCUCAAGAUAACCUGGAUGAAGUUCCUAGAUCGUAUAAGAUACAUCGUCACAUAGAUAGACCAGAAGUAUUGGGCGCUGUAGAAUCAGUUCCUGUAAGAAGUGUAAACACUUCAAAAACUAUCGAUACUAAACCCUUAUUUUAUGGUAGUACCACUACUUUACCAACGAAUGUUGAUACAUAUUCUUCAAGUAUAUACCAUGCUCGAAGUAUAAGUGAUGAUAACGGAAACAAAAAUGUACCUGCACAUAAGUCGAAUUUAGAAUAUUUAAUAGAGCAACGAAAGAAAUCUAUGUCUAAACUAAGAGGAUUAGUGAUAUCCGAAGUACAAGCACCGAUUGUAGAUCUGCCUGAAAUAAAAGUUCAAGAUAAUUAUGCUACUUCAUUUUUAUUAAAAAAUAAUAACAAAAAUCAGAAUAAUAACAUUAAAGAAAAUAAAACAAACAAUACCAAGCCGGUAGAGAUUAUUGAAACGAAAUGGAAAAUGGCAUUGACAUCAAAUAAUAUUCCGAAAUAUUCACCGGCUUUUAAGCGAAAAUCAUUGCAGGUAUAUACGCCUCUAACUUUGUCAAAGGAAUCUACACCAGAACGAAAAUUUAGUGAAAAGAUUGAUCUGAUCAAUAACCACAGUAACAGCAACACCAUGGUUAAACCUUUGCGAGCAUCGUUAGGUGCUAAUAAUGAAGUAACUCGAGUACCGUCAACAUUAACAUAUCAAUCAAGUUUAACAAGCUCAAUAAAUAACAACAAUAAUAAAUCGUAUAAAAAUAACUUUAAUUUCACAAAAGAUUAUAAAAAUGUGGACAUCAAGAUAUGCACAACGACCGAUGUAGUAGACAGUGAUAAUGAUUCAGCGAUGAGCUCAACACAAUCGAGUUACAGAUCGUCAGCUUCAUCACCAAUGCAAAAUUUAGAUGCUGCAGAAUCUGAUAGUUCACGACUUUCGCCAAAAAUAUCUAACUAUACAUUAUAUUCACUUGCAAAAUCGGAGAUUCCCACUAAAUCUUCUAUCAUAGAGAAGAACUGUGAGGAAUAUAUAAAACGCAGUGUAUGUCGAUCGGUAUCAUCAGACACCAAUGUUUCACUCUGUUCAUCAGCAGGUUCAGGAGCAACGUCAGGGUCGCAAGCAAGUUGUAGUUCACUAGAAAGCUCUGUUGCAGAUUCAGAUAAAAAGAAAGUUGUUAAAAGCUAUAAUAUUGAUACUUUAAACAGACGAAAUAUUUUAGCAUCAGCAAAAUGCAGAAGUGGAAGGGAUGAAAAAUUAAAAUCACCAGUUAUAGAGACUAAAUUUUCUCAUGAGCUACCUGACAGGUCUCCGAGUCCAAGUUAUAAAUCGUCAGAACGCCUUUCAACACUCACAUCUACGGUGAGUGCUGUGUCAAAUAAAGGCGAAAAUAGACGACGCAAUAAAGUAAUUGCUGAAACUGAUUCUGAUAGUGACAGUGAUGUGAACGUUCGGCAAAGAAAAAAUGACUACAAAAACUCAAGAAUUAAACGAAACACAAGUGCAUCAAACAAAACUAAACAAGUGGAAUUAAAUAAUGAAGUUUUAAAAUCUGAAAGUAGCAUUAAAAAUACUGCAGAGUCAAUCAUUAGAGAAAUUAAGAGAACGGAGGUCUCGUCCCGCCCUGACAAUCAUAUAAGCAAAGUAAUAUCCCAAACAAAUAAUAAUAUCGAUGAUAAUAAUGAAAUAAAAGAGGAUGAGAAACAAACUGCAUCAGAUGUUUUUUCAUACCGCAAGAAUAAUAAAAUAGAAAGUCCAAUACAUGUUGAGAAAAAAAUGGUAAAAAUGGUAGUGACAAAGAAAGUCUGUGAAAAUGAAUCUUCUCAAGAAAAGUCGGAUUGCAGUUCCAUUGAAGAUACACGGAUACCAUCUUAUACAAUACAAUUAAAACGCGGCUCUGCAUCGGGCGUUGGACUUAUUUUAGCUGGUGGAAUUGAUUGCGAAGCCAAAGAUGUCACGGUUCAUCGCGUGCUAGCGGAUAGCGUGGCUGACAAGGCGGGUUUGAAGCGAGGCGCAAAAGUGAAGAGUAUAAAUGGUUAUUCAAUGACUGGACUGACACAUGCUCAAUCUGUCACUAUACUAAAGGAACAGCGUGCGGAGGUUGUGAUAGAAAUCGAGCAUGAAAUACGAAAAAAUGCAAUUGAAACUAUUAGCGGCUCUGAAAAAGCGGAGUCGAUGGUCCGAAAUGAGGAUGGUACGGACUCUGCAGACGGGGACAAAGGCUCCGUGGUGACGGUGGUGUUGGAAAAGGCUGGAGGCGGCGCAGGACUCGGUUUCGGCCUGGACGGCGGCCGGGAUUCACCUAACGGGGAUCGACCACUUACAAUCAAGAAAUUGUUUGCAGGAGGUGCAGCAGCCCAAAGUGGAUGUGUUGUGGUAGGCGCUGAACUUUUAUCUGCCGGAGGUCAGAGUAUGGAAGGUUUCACUCGGACGCAAGCGUGGGCUGCUCUGAAAGCAUUGCCCGCAGGACCUGUCGCUCUCGUACUAAGAAACCCAAAGACCCCGUAAAGAAAUGAUUUUACGAAUCGCAUAAGGAAAUUGGACAAGUCUCGCCUCCAGCUACAUUAGUCAGGUGAUGCGUAAACACCUUUCAGAACAUGGUUAGCUUCCGGCCAACAAGUCAUUUAUUUGCCAAUGUUUGCCGAAGUCGAGAAUUGAAUAAAAAGACGUUGAUUGCAGACAGCAUUCAAUUUGGUAAAGUGUGCCAAAAUAGGGCCGCCCGCGGCGCUUCGCUCCUGCAAAUUGUACUUACCAGUACAGUAUGCUUAGUUCAUUAGUCGAGAAAAAGUUGACGUGUUUGUAUAUAUCGUUAUGUGUAUUCCUUAACCCAAUUACUAAAUGCAUAUUGUUGAAGUAAGCAUAAUUUUUAAGACUGCCUUUUAUAUUGUUAAAAUUAUUUAUAAAUUCGAUUAAUUUAAUACUAGUCUGGAUAGUAAAGGUGCGACGUUUACAGUCCAUUAUAUAAGCUUCGUACUUAAAGUUAUUUCGAAAUUAUUAGAAACAUGUUCUGAGUGCCAUUUGAAGACGGACAACCGUCUCUAAGGCGCAAGUGAUGUAUGAGGUUUAUUUAUAAUAUUUGAAUCAUUUGAUCAUCAUCACCUUUAUGUCACUCUUGAAUGAUAUUUACUGACUAAAAUUGUAAAAAAUGCCUCAUGGGAAAUCACUCAGUACUGUUUUAUUUAACAUAUUAGUUAUCGUAUCAUACGUUAGCUGGUUUUUAUACACAAACAUAUAUGAGAUGUUUUUUAAACCCACAGAAAACAGAAGGUUACUUUUGGUAAUAUUGUCAUUAAAAGGAUUGUUGAGAAUGCUAAUAAAUGAUGACUUCUGUUGAAAUAAGUUUACGAGGAAAUGUUUUCUGGGUAGUUAAAUGUCAAAGCACAUAAAUAUCUGUGGUUAAGCUGGUUGGAAGUAACACGGUAUAUACAGAGUGAUUUUUAAUUUGUAAAUACUCGGCGUUUGAAAUGUAAUUAUCCUCAAAUUAGCUCAUCAUCACAAAUUAAAAAUCUUGAUAUCUUCCUCCAGCAAUAUACAUAGCUAUAUUACACAACGUAUUAAAAUACAUUAAUAAAAGAAAGGUUUUAUGUUAAAGACGAGAAGGCCUUAGGUACCUAAGUAUAUUUCAGAUCGUGAUUAAUAAUCGUUGUUUAAAAAAAAUUAUGGAUGCUGUUGUUUAUAUUAAAAAGUAUCAGAUUUCACCAUUUAAGCGAAGUUACGUACCCAAGCGUUUUUCGUAUCUUUGUUAUAAUCGUCGUUUUCUUAAGUAAAUUAUUUAUUUUUGUAUCAAAUGCCCUUUCUUACCACUAAUUUUUAGAAAUAUCUUAGUGUUGUAAAUAUAAAUUUUGUUUUUAUGCGUAAAUAUUCUACUAAUUCUUGUCAUACUCGUAUAUUAGUAGGUGAUCAACGAAUAUAUCUUAUUGUCAACGAUCUAUUUAUACCUAUUACCUUUACUUAUGGUAAAUUGUUCUCCUAUAUUGAAUAU